AUGGCCGCCAACAAGCAGGGCAAGAUGCAAAACCUCAUCAACUACCGGAUGAGAGUUACCCUGAACGAUGGUCGACAGAUGACCGGCCAGAUGCUGGCCUUUGAUAAGCACAUGAACCUCGUUCUCGCCGACACAGAAGAGUUCCGUCGCACCAAGCGAAAGUCAAAGCCCGCCGCCGGCCCUUCAAACGCCCCACUGGUUGAAGCGGAGGAGAAGCGUACUCUUGGUCUCACCAUCGUUCGCGGUACCCAGGUCGUCUCUUGCUCCGUCGAUGGUCCCCCUCCUGCCGAUCCCUCUGCGCGUCUCGGUACUGCUGGCCCUGGCGCUGCUGGUGCUGCUGCCACCCUUGCUGCCGGUCCUGGUAUCAGCAAGCCCGCUGGUCGUGGCCUGCCCGUCGGACUCGGUGGCCCUGCUGCCGGCGUUGGUGGCCCGCCUCCUCCCGGUGCCUUUGGAGGCUUCCCUCCGGGUGGUUUCCCUGGUGCGCCGCCUCCUGGUUUCGCUGGACGUGGAGGACCCCCUGGUGGACCUCCUGGCUUCGCUCCUCCCCCCUGGUUUCGCUCCUCAAGGUGGUCCUCGUAA